CAUGCGCGUGCACACACACACACGCACAUAGAGGAGGCAGUGUCAGAAGUAGCACAUGCUGAGUAACAUACCGACCUGAAAACUACCAGCAUAAAGAUGGAGUUUGCCUGCAGUCAUGUUGUCUGUAACUGGAGGCCUGAGAGUCUAGCAGAAGGUCUUUCCUCCACGCUGCCCACUGGAUUGUCCAGACAAAAAUCAGAGCAUCCUUAUGACAAUCGCAUUGCUGUCAUCCCAAAGCCUAUCCCUCCUUUAACACCACCGCCUGUACCUCCUCGCCGGUCGACACAGAAACAUACACGACCUAUUUCAAUGCCACCUCCAGUACCACCUCGAGGAUUAGAGGGUAAAGGACAGGCCAGUAUUAAAGCCAAUGUCAAUGUGGUGUUACUCAAGGUUGGGAGUCUUGUGGACAUAAACAAAGCAUCUAGUAUACAGAGCAUUCAGAAACCAGUGCACUGUGGAAAAUGUAGAGCUGUCAUGUCCUCUGUAAGCCACUCACAAACUGGCCCAAUUACAUCAACAUGGUCUUGUGAGUUUUGUGGUAAUCAGAAUGCUCUCUCUCAGAGCGAGUUAAAAAUGGGACGUUCUCCUCUGUGGACUCCGCCAGGCAGAGACGUGCUGUAUGUAGAUGAGGAGAUAGACACAGACUAUAUGAACCUAGAGGACAUGCUGGUGGUCUUCUGUGUGGACAUUUCUGGUAGCAUGAGUGUCACAUCAGAGGUGUCUCCUGGUAACAGCAUGAGAUCACCCACCUAUGUAUCACGACUGCAGGGUGUCCAAGAGGCCCUACAGUUGGCACUGUCUUCACUGCUAAAAUCAUCACCACACCGUCGAGUAGCACUCGUCACUUUUAAUGAUGAGGUGACCGUGUAUGGGGACGGUACUGGAGUUCCUCUGUGUCUGCGGGACUGGGCUCUAGUAGACUAUGAUCACGUCAGAGAGCAAGGAGAGAAGUACACCACACCACACUGCAUUGCUGAAACCUUCCAGUGCCUCACACAAAGAAUCAAAGAAUUAAGAGAGCAUGGAGCCACAGCACUAGGUCCUGCAGCACUCAUCUCUGUUGCUAUGGCCUCUCAGUUUACAGGUUCAAAGGUUAUAAUUUGUACAGACGGACGGGCAAACAUCGGCCUGGGCCAGUUAGAACAGGAUUGUGCAGAUUCAGUAUAUUUCUACAACCAGUUAGCCAGUCAUGCAGCAGAAAAAGGAGUGAUCGUAUCAGUGAUGACAUUUGAGGGAGAGGACUGCAGCCUUGCAGAAGUGGGAAAACUAGCUGACCACACAGGGGGCAGGAUCAACAGAGUCAACAUUUGUACAGUUGGAUCAGAAAUUCAGACAGCAGUGGCUGAUAAUGUCUUAGCAACUAAUGUUGAGGCCACUCUGCUUGCACCUCACGGCGUAUAUUACCCUUUUGAGGAGGACAACCACAGGCUGGUUAGAGAGAUUGGAAAUGUUACAAGUGGAGUGGAGAUCACUUUCCAGUUUGCUGUCAAACCAGACAGAGUUGAGAGUUUUCAGAGAAGAGACCGAGUUCCUUUCCAGCUGCAGCUGUCUUUCAAAACACGAGAUUUGAAAAAAGUAACCAGAGUCAUCACUCAGCAGAAGCGUGUGACCACCAGCAGCUGGGUGUGGGCAGGGAGCCUGAACAUGGCUGUGCUGGGCGUUCACUGUGCCCAGCUAUGUGCUCGACUCACCAUGGAGGGCAGGAUCCAGGAAGCUCAAAGUCAACUCAAAGCCCAGCAGGACCUCCUCAGAGACAUCAGUGAACAGAAGCCAAGUCCUAAAGAAGAGAGUAUCUAUGGAAAUUGGAUCAGUACAAUGAGUAUGAUCUGUGAAGACCUGAACCCUGAGACACAGACCAACAGAAGCAGCGCCGCCAUUUGUUCCACACGACAACUUUCCACUGGUUUGUCAGAUGAGGCAGCAGAAGUGGUAUACCAAAUGAAGAGGGUGACAAGCGUGGGCCAGAGGGAGGAGAAAGCAGCUUAUUAGAAGUAAUUUUGAAAGUUGAGCAGAAGGUGGACUUAUUGUCAGCUCAAUAGUGAGUAACAUGAUUAAAAGCAGACCAGUAAACAGUCUGAAGUCUUUGUGUAUCAGUAGUGGAAUAUUUUAUCUUGUAUGCUGGGUAGCAAUCUCUGUUAUCAUCACUUACUAAAUUAUGGAGACUACAGACAACUUUAUUUAUCUAUCAGCAUUUCUGCUAGAUAGAUAGAUACAAAAUGUUUUCUCAUUACAGUGUCUGUACAAGGACAUAAUGCAGACAGUGCCUCAUUAUGUAUCAUUCUGUUAUAAAUAAGAUCGUUAAAAGGUCUAUCAGAUAGUCCAAGUUUGGGCAAAGUUGUUUUAGUUCAGUACAAUAGUGGCUUUCGAAGCAGUUUGUAUUUCAUUAAGAAAUUUUCAUAUUUCAAUAAAUAUUCAUUCUCUGACUGACCUGGAUUUUGUUGUAGAGUACAGGAUAUUUUAUUUAAGUAUUUAAAUGACCUGUAUGGACAACACAGUGGCUCAGCGAGUACUGUUGGAACUUCACAACUCCAGAUUUAAAUCCAGAGUUACUGUAUGUGUAGAGUUUGUCAUGUUCUUUGUGGAUUCCUGUUAUAUAUACUAUAUACUAUAUAUACACUAUAUACUAUACAUAAAUCUAUUAUAUACUAAAUUAGAUAAAUAGACACUUGACCAGCAAACCCAUAUGUGAGCCUUCCCCACCUGUUCCCACAAGCUGGAAGCACAUAACUGUAUAGAACAUCUUUGUAUGCUGUCGCUUUAAGAUUUCUCCUCACUGGCUUUUUAAAAAGAUUUGGAUCUUUUUAAAAAUGCACAUGUGUAUAGUGGUCAGAUGUCUGCAAAUGUUUGGCCAUAUUUAAUUAAAAAAUAAACAUUAAAAAACAUAAAUGUGUGAGUAUGGCAUGUUUGAGUGUGAUGCCCUGAUGAACUGAUGGCAUGAUUUUCCAUGGCCUGGGAGGGGAGAUGAAGGGGAAAGGAAACAAAUAAUGAAUGUUAAAUGAUAAAAAAUAAAUCAUAGUGUACUUUAAAUAUUUUAAUAAAUGGUUUUGAUGUUCUAGCCACAAAAACAUCAGUUUUUCAGUGUGUCAAAGUUCUUGUUUUAAAAUCUAAUUAGAUUUAAGGAUAUGGAAUCUGUAUGUGUAAAGUAAAGCAAAAGAAAACCGUCCAGUAAUGUUUACUGUUUUGUGAAUUAUGUGCCAUUCUACUUGCUAAG